AUGGUAACAAUUGACAAUGAGAUGGCAAACAACAUGAUGAGAAUUGCAAUAGCAGGCUCGGGCGGCUUGGCCCAGAUUAUCGCUCAUGAGAUUCGCAAGACUGUACAUCCAUUCAUCAUAUUAUCGAGACAGGGACAACCAGAUCUAGAGACACACGGCUAUCAAGUGGCUGUAGUCAAUUAUGACGACCAAAAUAAUCUUCGCUUUAAUCUUCGAGGAAUAGAUAUAGUCAUUUCCACGGUAUCUGGCAACCCUCAAAUCAACCUCAUCGAUGCCGCCGCGCAUUCCCGCGUUCAACGUUUCAUCCCUGCAGAAUACAAAGAUAAGCUAGGCGGGCGACCAACGAAUGGCCCCUCAGACCGUGGAAGGGCUGCAAGCAUUGAAAGACUUCGACACUGGGCUCACCACCCCCGUCAUCAAAUGCAAUAUACUGUUUUUGGAUGUGGGGUUUUCUAUGAACGAUUCGCCCUAGGAGGCCUAGCUUCAAUGGGCAUCAGCACUUCAACUGCACUCGGCUAUCAAGGUUCUUAUCUCAUGAAUAUGGAGACAAACACAGCAGAAAUAGUGGAAUAUAAUACUAUGGGUCAGGCAAUUUCAGUAUCGAUGACAUCUGUAGGUGAUGUGGCGCGGUUCAUCGCAGCAGCUCUGUAUUUAGAUCAACGGAUAUGGCCGAUAGAGUUCAGGAUGCAGGGAGACCGGAAAACUGUAAGUGAAAUUAUGCAGUAUGCUGAAGCUAUCAAAGGACAGCCAUUUGCAACAACAAUAAUUGUAGCCCCGGAACUGGAGGCAAAUAUUCAGGAAGCAGCUUAUUACCAAGAUAGUGCUAGAGUUGGCCGCUUACAGGAGUUAUCUGCUACUGAGGAGAGAAGAUACGACUUCUCGCAAGUCAAUCUGAAUUCAUUGGUCAACAUCCAGCCAGUUUCGUUUUGGAACUGGCUACGAACCCAUUGGGCACCUCGGUGA